CAUAUUUGUAGAAAGUUUUAUUUAAAAAUACCCAUUUUCCAUAAAGUUACGAACAAACACAUUCGGUGGGGCGCUGUUUUGUAGGUAUGCCCUGAGUGUAUAAAAAGCAUAGUAUCAAAUACACAAUACGCGAACUGCUAGAAAUAUGAGACUACACCACCGACUCGUCCAUCCUCAUUAGUUUCUCGGAAAAUAAAUAAACUUAUCGGAAUUAAUUGAAAUGAUGCGGAAGAUCUGAACUAUUAUGAAUUUCAUUUACUGUUUUCAGUGGGGCAACCUACAAGCAAGCUUUGCUUUUUUAAGGACAGAGAUAUUAACGUGUGUGUGACAGAGAGAGAGAGAAACUGUAAUAAGCUUUAUUACUACAUAUUAUGACAAGUAUUACUUAAAUAGGACUUAGUUAUUUUAAUGGACACAAGACUGUUGAUUUAUUCCGAUUGUAUCGGAAUUGGUUGUGAAUGACAUUUUCCGCAAGUGGAGAGUGAAGUUUCGGAAAAUUCAGACGAUUCUGCUUCAAUGGGAUCGACAGAAGGUUUUCUCGUUUCACCACAGUUGUGUCCUCCGUCGCCGCAUAACUUCCAGAAAAAUCGAUACAUUUUCACGAAAUUUUCAACAAAUCUGCCUUAGAUGCUGUACAUUCAGAGUAUAUGAGGAUUUAUGGGAAAGAAUUAUUCUUAGGGGGCUCGGAGAGCAGUUUCACAAAAUUCACACCACCCCAUUUUUUCCCUGAUAACGUUCAAGAAUUUUUUUUAAAUGAAAGUUUAUAGAAUUAUCAUUCAGACUGCAUGCAUUACGGUUGUAAAAAAAUAUGUGGAUGAAAUGUUCUCCGAAUAGGCGGGGACAGGAGUUUAGAAAAUACGGAGUUUCAAAUAAAGACCAUAUAAGUUUAUUUUUUUCACCAUCCCCACCAUGCCCCUCACGACGGUUUUUCGCAAUUUCUUUCUCUUUUUUUCUUUUCUUUUUUGGCACCUAAAAACUAUGGAAGGAGUCGUUUCGGUACUAAAACAAAAAUUUCAAAUAUUUUCAGCGGUAGAACUUUGAUUUAAGGAUGAUUUGGCUGUUAUUUCUAGCACAUCACAAGACCACCCUCCUCUUUAUUUCUAACUUUCGCAUGUAUAAAAAUCAUUUAAAUAUUUAUUUGUUUUUUCAAGCCCACAUCGUUUCUGCUUAUAGUUGUAGUGGUAAAUUAACAGCACACAAAACUGUACACACCGUGGAAAAACGUUUCAAUUGUGAAAUAUGUGGGAAAGGUUUUUCCACUAAUAGUCAUUUAAAGGCACAUAAAGGCAUACAUACAGGAGAAAAUCCCUUCCACUGUGAAAUAUGUGGAAAACCAUUUGUUUUUAGUAGUACAUUAGCAAGACACAAAACUGUACACACCGGGGAAAAACGUUUCCAUUGUGAAAUAUGUGGGGAAUCAUUUGGUUCUUGUAGUACAUUAACACGACACAAAGCUGUACACGCUGCAGAAAAACGUUUCCCUUGUGAAAUAUGUGGGAAAUGUUUUACCUAUAAUAGUGAUUUAAAGGGACAUACAAGAAUACAUACAGGAGAAAAACCCUUCCACUGUGAAAUAUGUGGUAAUUGUUUUACCCAUAAUAGUGCUUUAAAGCGACAUAAAAGAAUACAUACAGGAGAAAAACCCUUCCACUGUGAAAUAUGUGGUAAUUGUUUUACCCAGAAUAGUGCUUUAAAGGGACAUAAAAGAAUACAUACAGGAGAAAAACCCUUCCACUGUGAAAUAUGUGGGAAAGUAUUCCCUCAGCAAUCUAGUUAUGCACGCCACAAAAAAUACACUCUAGAAGAAAACGGUAAUUGUGAAAUAUGUGGGAAAGCAUUUUUCCAUAAAUUUGAGGUUGUAGUUCAUAAACGAAGUCACUGGAGAGAAACCAUUCCAAUGUGAAAUAUGUGGGUAUUCUUUUGUAGUAUUACCCUGAGAACUUGGGAAAGAGUACAUCCUGGAGAAUGAUCUUUCCACUGGAAAACUUUUUACUCAGAGUGGUCGUCUGCUUGACCACAAAUGUUGUCACACAGGAGGAAAUACCAUCCCACUGCGAAAAAUCUUUUGAGUCUUGUAGUGAAUCAAUGAAUGAGAAAAGGAUUCAUUCUGGAGGGAAACCUUUUAGCUGUAAGAUAUGAUAAACCCUUUUCUUUCUUUUCUUUGGGGAACAAUUUAUGACUGUGAUCAAUAUUCAACAUCAUAUUUUCCAUGCUGGCAUGGGUUGGACGGUUUGACUUGAGCUGGCAAGCCGGAGAGCUGCUCCAGUUGUCUGUUUUGACCUUGUUUCUAUGGCUGCAUGCCCUUCCUAAUGCCAUGUUAGAAAUUUCUCUUCCUUUCUUGUAAUCCACAAAUACCAUCCGGAGAUAGAUCUGUUCACUGUUAUUUUUCAGACUGAGACACAAUUUCAUGAAUCAUGAUGAGGAAAAUACAAAAGAGAGACAUUCAUCAAUAUUUUAAUUUCCACAUUUUCACACUUGACUGGAUCAGACAGGAUUUGUUGAAUCAAUCUCUGUGGUCAGAAGCCACUCUUCCCAAUUAAUUACACUCCCAGAGUGGUUGGUGUUAGGAAGGGCAUCCAGCCAGAGAAACCAUGCCAAGUCAGACAGGGGUGUGGUGCUGCUUCCAGCUUACCAUCCUAGUCCAAACUGUGCACCGCAUGCCACCAUGGACAACAGAUUCUAAAUGAUAUAGUAGCACCAGGAAAACACACUGGAGAAAGAUAUUUCCAAUGGACAACAGAUGCUCCUGGUUGCUGUUAUUUUAAUGGAGGCCACUUCUUGUAUAUUGGUGACACAACUACCAUGCUAUAUCAAGUCAAACAGACACACAUAUGCGAUGGGCUUCCUUCAGUUUCUUUCUGUCACAUCUUACAUUUCUUUGGGUGGACUUACUGUUGUGGGUUUGUGUAAUAACUAGCCAUCAAUAAAGAUAGAGGCAUUAUUGAAAUAUGUACAUAAUUAUAGAUGCUAAUUUGUGUAUGAGGAUUUAAAUGAAAAUGUCAAAAUAACAAAACAAAAACUAAAUAAUAUUUUUCACUCCCCAAAUAUUAUAAAGGAUUGAUUACUUUUAAUAUGUUCCAUAUUUUGUAGUCAAUGAUUCACUUGUUAUUCUACAUUUUGUUAUUUUCUACAAUAAAUGAUUUUCAAAAUUUCAUAAUUGUUGUACAUGUGUUUGUAUUGAAAUUCACCAAAAU